CAGACCUCAGAAGCCAUUUUGAGAUGAUAUCCCUGUUGAGAAAUCCUAUGAAGAUGCUGAAAUCAACGAACAUGGUUACAUUUCUGUCUGUUUCUCCCUCCGCCUCCUCUAUUUCACCAUGGCAGCUGUCAACCGACGGGACAUUAGCAAAGCGGGGUAUCAAGCUGUGCUCACAGAGUUAAAACGUCAUUGACAUGAAAGAGGACAGUGUCCGUUUACUGUCUCUGUCGAGACAUGUAACACCGUGAGUUUUUUUUCCAGUCUGAAAUCUUCCAGCAUCUCUCACAACACAACGUCUCCUUGAGUGACUGAGUUAAUUCACUCUUGUACCGGGGAGAAGGGAGGCAGAUCCGCUUUCCAAUGGCUUCUGUGAGCCUUGUUUCCAGUCCCCCAGCCCCUGUUCUUGACAAAAACAUGACAGACUCUGAGCUUGCAGGGGAUGAAAGAGAGGAUGGCGAACUGGAAGAUGGAGAAAUAGAUGAUGAAGGGAUUGGAAUUGAAGAAGAAAACAAAGAGGCUGCAGCGGGGAAAGACACAGAGAAGGAAAAGGAGAAAGGAAAAGAGAAAGAAGAGAAGACUCACAGGCACUCUAGGAAAAGAUACAAAAAGCCUCGAGAGAAGAAGAGGUCCAAAAGGAGGAGGCGCGACAGACAGAAACACCACUCCUCCUCCAGCAGCUCCAGCUCGGACAGUUAUGACUCUGACUACGACCGACCAGAAAGAACCAAAAACCGCAAGAGCCAGGGAUCUGAUGGCCAGUCCUCUCAGCAUGGACGGGAUUCAAAGGGCGGCCAUGGCAACUUACAGAAAUCCCCGCAGCACAAGAGCAGUGAUUUUGACAAAUACAGCGACUACAGUGAUGACAAGUACGACUAUAAUGAAGAGGAGGAGGAUUACGAAGAUGACAUGUCCGAGUACCCACAGUCAAAAGAGUCCGUUUCCCAGAGUCGUGGAAGAGGACGCUAUGCCAAAGACCAGAUGAAGAGAGGAAGCAUGAGGGGGAUGAAACAACAGCAGUUUGGGCAGAGAGGAAGAGGCAGAGGGAGCGGCCCGGGAAGAGGACGUGGGAUGCUCUACAAGAACAAGAAGCCGAAGGGCAAACCGUGGGGAGGACGUGGACGAGGUCGAGGAGGAGACCAGGGCAUGGAAGACAUGAUGCCAGAAGGAAAGAAUCCGUCUGGAUUUCAGAAGAAACGGCCAAUCAUGAGCAAGGAGUUUAUCAAUCAGCACACAGUUGAACACAACGGUCGAUACAUCUGCAAGUAUUUCCUGGAGGGUAGAUGUAUCAAGGGGGAACAGUGCAAGUUUGAACAUGAGCUCGUCAUACCAGACAAGAAAAAGGAACUUUGCAAGUUUUACCUCCAAGGAUACUGCAGUAAAGGAGAGAAUUGCAUUUAUAUGCACAAUGAAUACCCGUGCAAGUUCUUUCAUACUGGAGCCAAAUGUUAUCAAGGGGACAACUGCAAAUUCUCCCACGAGGCUUUGAACGAUGUGACCAAGGAGUUACUUGAUAAGAUAAUUAACACUGAGGAGGAGAACGCCCGUGAGGACGAGUUGGAACUGGAGGAUCUGAGAAAGCAGGGUAUCUCCCCACUUCCGAAGCCUCCACCCGGGGUGGGGUUGCUGCCCACUCCCGGUCAGAGCAGUCCUACAGACAGCCAAGCGGGGAAGAAGAUCCCCUCCCUGUUUGAAAUCACAGUUCAACCAACUGUGGACUUGGCACAAAAAAUUGGUCUGGGUGGAAACAACUUCUCCCAGAAUCCGGGUGAAGGCACCGAUCAGUUUAGCGGAGGCUCAGAAGAAACGCAGAGUGGAAGUACAGCGCCUUCAGGCCCCUCUGCUCUUCCUGUUCCUCCCCCUGAAUCUCCUGUUCCCAUGGGUCACUCCACUGGACCAUCCAUGCCACAGAGCCCCCCAGGGCUGCACCCACCACACAGAUUUCCAAUGCAGCCACCAAUCCCCCUGGGUCCACCCCCACCCUUCCAUGGAAACCCUCCGAAUAAUAUGCACAUGCCUCCGUUCCCCCCCUUACCAGAUCUACAGAUGCUGCAGAGUCUCUUCCCUUUUCCGCCGUUGGGUCAAAACCCAGUAGAGUUCUUCGGCAACUUCUUCCGAAACCAGGCCAUGGGUCCGCAAGGAGCUCAAUUCGACCCUGGUCUGGCCUUCAUGCAGAACCUCCAGCAGCAGAUGGGUGCGGAGUCACAGUUACAGUCCUUACCCCCAGCUGUACAGAAGGCCAUUUUAUUACACCUGACGCAGCAGCAGCAGCAGCAGGAGUCUCAUCCACAGGGAAAUGAGCCACAGAGAGCAGAGGGCCAGGAGGAUAACCAUGCAAACCGAGACGAAACUACAAACUGGUACUCGAGUGAUGAUGAGGAUGGGAGUUGUGUUUCCUCCAUCCUUAAAUCUCUUAAGAAGCAGAGUGCGAUGCAGCAUUCUCAGUCCAAGCCCCCCCAGACUGCCCCAGUUCCAGCACUGGGUGACCCUCGGCUUGUGAAGGAGAGGGCCCCGCCCAGCGACCCGCGUGUGAAGACGGACCCUCGACAGCGACCCCCUGAUAUGAAAAAGGAAUCCGAUGGUGUUGCAGACCCACGGUUCUCCAGAGACCCCAGGAAGGUGAGACCGAUGGAGCACAGUUCCUAUCGCCAGCCGAGCCGUGCUCCUCCUCGGAAGCCUCCGAAAGGAGAUGAGGAUGAUGAAGGAGAGCGGGAACUCAGGGACAAAGCUGUUCUCAUCCCUUUAGACGCGAGCGCUGAUGUGGGGCUGCGAGACCCUCGCUGCCAGUUAAAACAGUUCAGCCACAUCCGGGUGGACAUCCUGCUCCAGCGGCCAGCCUUUGCACAGGCAGUGGUGUGGGGCCCUGAGGACCUCCUCCCUUCCCUAGUGCCCAAACAGGAGCACUCCAUCAAUCUGCCCCUUCCACCUCUCGUUGCCGAUGCUCUGAAGAACCGAACAAGCCUGCCUGACCACCCCCCCGUCUCCAGCCCUCCAUCGAUUGACCCCAGGCUGGUAGCCGCACGUUUGAAGGAACGUCGGAGUCGCAUGCCCUCUGGAUCUCUCGAGUCCCGAUCCUCCACUAAAAGACCUGUAGAUCCGCGACAGCACAAGACUCUGGACCCCAGACUCAAGCGCACAGGGAGUCUGGACUCCAAGCUGCUGGGUCAGAAAGUGCCCUUCUCUGUGGGAGGAGUCAGGGACCGCAGGUUACAGAAGGCCGGUGCGACCGCCGCUCCUCAUGCUGUCCAAGUGAAGCCAGAGCCGGAGAGGCUGCCACCGUAUGCCCCUCGGCUGGCAUCGUCUGGUGGAGGACGAGAGAGUCCCACCACCAUCCUCGGGGGCAUCAGUCUGUACGACCCUCGUCAUCAGACCGAGCAGGGUCAGAAGGAGCCAGCGGAGCCCCCCAGAAAGAUGUUGAUGCUGAAGCUCCCGGCGAAGAAGGACAACACUCCGCCACUCUCACCAACCCAACGGAGGGGCUCUCAUGAUGAGGCCAAAAGCACAGACGUGGCCUCGGAUCAGCCUCCACCUUCCAGUUCUCCCACAGUGCCUCCUGCCUCACCCGUCAAACCCCCUGCAGUGCAUAACCUCCCCAUCCAGGCACUGGCCGGGCUAAUCCGACCACAGUACACUGACCCGAGGCAGGCCAAACCAGGAGGACAGGGCUCCAUAGGAGCACAAGAGGAGGAGGCGGAAGGAAAUAAACCAGAGGAAAAGGAGGAGCAAAAGAAGAAGGAGGAGGCCGAGGAGGGAGAACCAAAACAGGAAGAGCCACAGGACGAGGCAGACGACAGGACACUUAAAGAUGUGUUCAAGACUUUUGAUCCCACUGCUUCCCCUUUCUGUCAGUGAACCAACCGAGUGUGGACGUAUAUAAAGUCACAGAAGAUUUGUAUUUUGAUCUUUAUUUAGCUUUAUAGUAACUUAUUUAUUUCUGUAUAUAAAUGAUCCUGUAUAGAUUCACAGAUUUUCUUGUCUGCCACACAUCUGUCACCAUGGAGAUGAAUGGUCCACAGACGCAGUGCAUAAGUUGCUUUUAACCUAACAUUAUAUUGUUGUGUUUAUGUUCAGGUCUUUUUACCAUUGUGUCAUUUUCAUGUAUGUUUGUAAACGAUCAAAAAAAAGAAAUUGUUAACCUGUAUAGUUUUCACAAAGGAGUGACCCCCAUGGGUUCAUCCCACUGGAGAACAGAUGGUCCGGUCACGUCACACCCAGAAGAUGCAAAAUACUCAAUCCAAUAAUAAUUGUAAGAAUUCCCUUGA